AUGGCUUCGAAUUUCAACAAUCAUGAUGAAGCAGAUCUUGAAAUACAGAAAGUGAAUAGUGAGUUGCAGCGUUUGGAGAGAGAAAAACAAGACGCCAAGAAUGAAUUACGAGCGGUCGAAAUACGGAUCGAAGAACUUAAGCAAGCAUCAAAAGACCACGAAGCAGAAAUUCGUCGAUUGGAUGAACAAAUCAAGCAACUAAAUAAUGAACUAGAAAGACUUGAACAAGAACUCGAAGAUUUACGAGAUGAACAAACUCGUUUAGAACAACAACGUCGCCAACAACAAUUGGAACACGAUCGACUUCAGGACAAACUCUAUCAAGAAACAGAACGUCUUCAUCAACUUCAAGAACAAUUGAAAGAACUCGAAGAUCAAAAACGUGAAUUAGAAGAACAACGUGCACAACUCGAACAACGUCGACAACAACUUGAGCAAGAGAUACAACGAAUUGAAGCACAAAUUACACAACUCGAACAACAACUACAGGAAUUACAAAAUCAUCUUGAACAAUUGACUCAAGAAAUACGAUUACUCGAAACAGAAAUAGAUCGUCUGGAAGACGAAAUCAAAGACUUACAAAACCGAAUCGAGGCACUUGAACGACAAAAAGAACAGCUUCAACAACGUAUUCGCGAAAAUGAAAUGAAACUUGAUGCCAACGAAGCUGAACAAAAGAAAAUUGAAGAUAUGAAACAACGCAUAGCUCAUUUGAUCAACCUAAAGAAGAAUCAUAUUCAAGAGUUAAGAAAAGAGCAAGCGAAGUUAGAAGCGGAAAAACGUGAAGCACAACAAAAUAUAGCUCACAUUAAAGCAGAAUUACAAGCUGCUCAAAAUCGAAUGAAUCAAUCUCAAGCUGUAGUUAAUCGGCUUCGACAAGAGUUGAGCGCACUCUUACAAGAGAUACAGAAGACAGCUAAAGAAAUUCAACAGCUGAGUGGAGAAAAGAAUAAACUACAAGGUCAAUUGCAGACGCAGUCAAAAGAACGUUCUGAUGUCGAUAAAAAAAGACAGGAUACAAACGCAAAACUCGAUGGAAAAAAAAGCGACUUACAAAAAGCCGAACAACAACGGGAUAAGCUUCAACAAAAUGUGACUCGUCUAGAAAAUGAACUCAAAACAUUGCGUGAUAAUCUUCGCUCCCUGAUCGACCAACGUAACAAAUGCGCUGAACAGCUUGAACGUGAGCGCGAAAAACAAAGCAAACUUGAACAAGAAUUGAAAACAGAAGAAGAUAAACAACGACAAGCAGAGCAAGCACUUCAAAAGCAAGAACAACAGGUGAGAAACGAUGAAGCAGCCUUACGACAAGCUGAGAGUAAAGAAGCAUCAGCACGUACAGCUGAACAGCAAGCGCAAGUUGAAUUAACAACAGCGCAAACCAAUUUGGCAAUUGCUCAAGCAGAGCUGGCUAGUGCAAUAGCAGCAGCAACUGUUGCUGCAGCCGUUCCAGCAGCUGCUGCUGCAGCAGCAGCUCGAGUGGCAGCCGCUCAAGCAAAAGUUGCUACUUGCCAAGCUCAAUUAGUACAGCGCACAACUUAUCAUAACCUGAAAGUGGGUGAACAUACAGCAGCUCGUGCAAAUACCGCAAAAUGCCAAACCACUCUACAACAAGCUCGUGUAACACUUCAACAGCGAAGAAAUGAACUUCAAGCUCAGAAACAACGAGUUACUGCCAAAAAGGGGGAACUUGAUCAACAGAAGACAGUAGUGAAAACAACAAAAGAUAAACUCGAAAAAUUGAAAGAAGAUUGCAAGCAAGCAGAACAAAAGGUCAAAGAGAAGGAGACAUCGGUUAAAAAUGAAAAGUCUCAACUUGAAAAACAGAAGAAAACAUGCGAAACAUUGAAGACGGAAGUCAAUCAACUUGAUACAGCAGUCAAAAAUUUAGCACAACGUGUUCAAAAUCUCGAUCAACAAAUACAAAAAUCGAAAACUGCAUUGGCACAAAAUGAGACUCAACUAAACAGCAAGCAAUCUCAGCUCAAUCAGCAAAAAAGUCAAGAAGCACAAAAAACGCGCGAACGCGAUGCAAAGACAGCUGAAGUGAACAAAGAAGCGGCAAUUGUACGAGAAAAACAAAAGGAAGUCAUGCGCAUCGACAAUCACUUACAAAAUGUCCAAGCAAAUCUUGAUAUGUUGAACAAGUCAGUGCCGGAACUUGAAAGAGAUCUAGCCGAUCAGGAUCAAAAGUUGAAAGAUGUGCAAAAAGCAAUGCAAAAACUUGAGGCCGAACAUUCGAAACUUGAAUCUCAGUUGGGCGAAUUUGAUCGUGAGAAACAACAGGCAGAACGAGAGAUCAAAACACUGACGCGUGACAUUGAAAGACAACGUGUGGCUCUGAACGAAAAACAACUUGCAAAAGGCUCUCUUCAAGCAGAAGUCAACAGAAAAAAAUCAGAUUUAGCAGCAAAACAAUCACAAAAGCUAGCGCGCGAAGCCCAAUUACAUGCUCUUGAAGAUCAACAGCUUGCUAAUAGACAAGCAAUCAAAAAUGUUGAAAAAAAUAUGAAUGACACGGAGCGACAAAUACAACGGCAGACGACUUUACAGCAGGAAACAAAACGUCUUUGUGAUCAAGCUGAAGCACAACUACGUAAUACAGAACGUGAUCUUCAUCGACUUACUCGGCAGCUGAAUGAAAAACAAAACACCUAUGACAAAAGAAAAAAAGUUGCAGACAAUUUGACUACCCAAGCAGAGCAUCGGCGAACAGCACAAGUAGCUGUUGAUCAGGAACUGUCGCAACUAUCGUCUACACUUCAGUCUCGUCGAGCAAAAAUAGCUCGAACACAACGUAAUAUUUAUCAAGCGAACGAGUAUAUUGAAGCCCACGAAACGAAACAAACAUAUCAUACAAAAAAUGUUACUGUUGGGCAUGGACGAUUUGAAGAAUACGACAGAGAAGAUGAUGAGGAACAUGUAACCACCAAAGAAAAACUCUAUGCUUAA